AUGGGCGAAUGCAACCUACUUAAUAAGCCCCAUAUAUCUUUUUGCGUCACGAUGUAUAUGACCUUUGUUAUGAUUCCUGUUUAUACUUUCUUCUUCAGUUUCGUUUUACAACUUCAUCUGCAUACACAGUCACCCUUGAAGUCAUUUAUGGUGUUGUCUAGACUUCUUUCUCUAGAUGACAAAAGUAUGGGGCGGCUGAUAUCCAGUAUAUACAUCCUCUUAUUCAUUUUCAUUAUGGGCAGGUCAAUUACGCCCCCCGGUGUCCUUUCGUCGGACUUCUGUGACACCGUCCCCUGGUGA